ACUCGUCACGCUCUCUUCCGUUCCUCCUCCUCCUCCGCCGCCUCCGCUGCCAUUGUUCGGUCGUUCGCCACUACCUCGCACCACAACAACCACCGCCAGAACCACAAGUUCCUGGAUUCCAAUACCUUCCUCGGAAGCUGGCAGCCUCCGAAGGACCCGAACGAGGCUGAGGCGAAGCUGGCGAUGCUUCGAAGGGACUACGCGAAGCAAGUGAAGGAGGUUCGCAAGCAGUACAUCCACGAAAUGGAGCUGCUUCAGAUCGAGAAGCAGCGCAAGGACGAAGCUCGCAGAGAAGCCCUUAGAGUUGCCAAUGAGGAGCGCAAGAAGCUCAAGGCCGAAGCUGCGCAAAUCAGGGCUCAGGAGCGCAAGAUCGCACAACAAGAAUUCAGAGAAACACUCUUAAAAGAAAGAGCUGAGAAACUUGAAAAUUGGAGGAUGAAGGUCAGAAAGCAUGGUGAGAAGAUGGCAGAAAAGAAAGAAUUAUUGCGUCGACAAAGCUCAAUGUGGAUCGAUGAAGCUAAUCUUGAGGCACAAAUAUUGGAAUCCAUCGUUUCCUUUCGCUGAGUCCCUUAUACUUCCACAUUUGUUAUGGUUGGGAUCAGUGUUGUGUUUUCUGUUACAUAGAAGUUAUAUUUUUGUCCUAUGUUCAAUCAAGGUUGCAUCAUCAUGCAAAUAACUUAUGCAUUCGGAGUAUGGUUAACCACUGCUACAUUCAAGAUGCAUAAUACACAUGGAAAUAAGUCUGGAUAUUUUUUGUUAGUCUUUGGGAUUAUGGAGCAAUUUUACUAACGUACCAAGUUUGCAUGCUUGAGUGUACAAUGAUUUUUCAUUUUUUUCCCAAUA